CGGCGGUGAAAGUGAUAAAGGACGAGCGUGGGCGGGCUCGGCACAACACGGUGGUGUUCGCAGUCGGGGCUGCGGCGGUGAUGGCGGGUGCUAAGCUGAGAGUUCCAGAAAUUAUCUUCACAACUCAAUUGCAAACCAACCUGCUGAAGUUUGAUGGUGUUGUCUUAGUAACAAAUACCAUUGACAAGCUUUCUGGAGAUUUGAAAUGUUUGAAGACCCCACUUGACCAGUACAAAUCUCUUGAUGCUUCAUUGGAGCAGGAAGUGGUGUUGGUCCAUGCUCCUGAUCUUCCAGGAGCUAGAGUGAUCUUUUCGCCAACUGGACCUCUCAACAGAGAUUACGAUGAUGUGCGGAGAUUUAGUGAUGCAGCUACCAGUGGCAUCAAGCGUGCUCUGAAGGCUGGCAUGGUAAAGCCCAUCUUGGUAUGUCCCCCAGAAGGAUUGUUCAAAGAUGCUUCCUUGGUCACCGUGCUCGGAGCUUUACAUGCUUUGUAUGUUCCAUUGGAAAUCCGUGAAGCACACAAAGAAAAGGCUACUAAAGUAGACUAUCUAGGUGUAUGGGCCUCCGGUGAGGAGGAAGGGAAGAAACUUGUGCAACUGGCAUCAGCACUGGAGGAGGGCAGAACUGUAUGCAGAGAUAUUGGUGGAUCUGACCCAGAGCGAAUGGCCGCUCCAAAUGUGGCUGACUAUGUUCAGAAUAUUUUUCGUAAUUCUGUUGUCUCUGUUUCGGUGACUAGCAAUUUAACAACUCUACAGGAGCAAUACCCAUGCUUUGCAGCAGUCAAUCGCUGUGCUAAAGGUGUAGCACGUCAUCAGGGACGGGUUAUUGAACUGGAAUACGCUGGAGAAGGUGCCAUAGAUAAAACAGUCCUGCUUGUUGGCAAGGGAGUAACGUAUGAUACAGGUGGUGCAGACAUCAAAGCUGGUGGUAUUAUGGCAGGAAUGCACAGAGACAAAUGUGGAGCAGCUGCUGUUGCUGGGCUCUUCCAGGUGCUUUCAAUUCUGAAACCCAAGGGAAUCAAAGUAAUUGGUGCAAUGGCAAUGGUCAGGAACAGCGUUGGUUCAGAUUGCUAUGUGGCUGAUGAGAUUAUCACAUCUCGCGCAAAGAGAAGAAUUCGGGUUGGAAAUACAGAUGCUGAGGGGCGGAUGGCAAUGUUGGAUCUGUUGUGCUACAUGAAGGAAAGGGCCCUUGAAGAAUAUGAACCUAAUCACUUUGAAUUGUUCACGAUUGCCACACUGACUGGCCAUGCUAUUCGAGCUGUUGGUUGCAACUAUUCUAUAAUAAUGGAUAACGGUCCUUCACGCUGGGCCAGGACUGCUCAGGAGCUUCAAAUGGCUGGUGAAGAAGUGGGUGAUCCUUUUGAAAUCUCAACCAUUCGGCGCGAUGAUUAUGAUUUUCAUAAAGGGAAGUCAGAAUAUGAAGAUAUUUUGCAGUGUAACAACCUGCCAUCCAGUGCCACAGCCCGUGGACACCAGUCGCCUGCAGCUUUCCUCAUCAUGGGGUCUGGCCUAGAUAAGCAUGGAAUAGAUUCCGAAAAACCCCUUCGCUACUCCCACAUCGACAUCGCUGGAUCUUCUGGUCCAUUUCCUGGGGUACCAACCGGAUCACCGGUGGUUGCCCUGGCGGCAAAGUACAUCCUGCAUCGUGUCUGAGCAAACUGAUGUGAUCCAUUGAAAUGAUUUUUCUACUCAGCGUUCAGAGACCACCUAGGAAAGUAUAAUCGUAGGAGCUCCAGUGAAAUGGUCAGCCCAUGUUCUUGAUUCUGAAGUAAACCUGAAGUUAAUUAGAUUUUCUGUAGGUUGGUCAGUGCAACUUUUCUAGAAUAGUCUGCAAGCAGGUUAAUCAGUACUCCAAACUUUAUCUGUAUGUAAUUUUUGCUGAUUUUGUCUUAUGCAAUCUAAAUAUUUCAAAUAAUUUUGGUGGUUUUGUUGAGGGUAAGCUAUCAAUUGUAGGAAAAGGGCAAAAGACAUUUUUAACUGAUCAGAAUCACAACAGUCAAAAGCAAAAUAUUAGAGGUGCUUGUGUUUGGCAGGGCCUUCUUUCAAAGGCUGCUGUUAAGUGUAGUUUCAAUAAUUGUGCACAUUUGGCAUCCAAGUUUGACCUUUAAUUGCACAUGUUUCCAAUUGCAUUCAUUUGCCUUUGUAGCUGUGAUUUUGACAUGUGUUUUGAGCCAAAUCAGAUUACACUUUUAAAACUGGUCUUAGUGCAAUAAUGACCAAUUAACACCGUCAAAAACUAUGCUUGAUCAUGAGUUAGUCAACAGUGAUCCUGUUGCAAUUUCAUAACAUGCUCCUCUUCUCAUUGUGAUUUAUUCGGGUUUGUACAAUUUUUUGAGCGGGUUAGUAAAAGGAUUUAAUGCUAUAUGUUUCCUGUGGCUUGGAUUGUGCCAGUUUAGUCAUUUGUGAUUUUAGCCUUCCUACUGUAAUCUAGAAUAAAAUGCUCCACCUGAACAAAAUUUUUACCUGAACAGUUAUUAGUGGACCAGAGGGAUUAACAAUUAGGUAAUUUCAGUCACCAUUAUACCCACACCAGUCAUCUUGGCAAAGGAAAACCAAGUCCACUGGUAUCCUAUUAAGCCCUGGACAAAUUCUGAGUAUAUCUUUCAUUCUUAUAAGAUUCGAUAGUUGCUUAAUUUAUCUGUUUUGGAUAAAUCCCAGGAAUCAACCAUUGCAACAUUUCCUCUAUUACAUUGAUAUCAUUCAUUUUUCAGUCGGGAGACCAAACUUGUGUGCAGUAUUCCUGAUAGUUUUGCCACGGCCAUAAUUGGAGCAAGGUUUCUCUACUCUUGUGCUCAAAUCUUCAUGUAAUAAAGGCUAGUAUACAGUUU